UUAAAUUAUAUUUUGUUACAGUUUCAGUUUGAAAAUCGAAAUAUCAAAAAAUACAAAGUUUAUCACUUGGAUUCUUUAUAAACAUGCCUCAUAUUGAUAAUAAUAUCAAACUUGACUUUAAAGAUGUUCUUAUUCGACCUAAACGAAGUACCAUACGAAGCCGUGCUGAUGUCGACCUUUCAUGGCAUGUGAUUCACCGACAUUCAAAGAAAACAUUUCCAGAGGAUGUAGUUCCAAUCAUAGUUUCCAAUAUGGACACAACAGGCACAUUUACGAUGGCCAAGGAAAUCGCAAAGCAUAAGAUGUUGACUGCCGUACACAAGCAUUAUUCGCUUGAGGAGUGGAAACAAUUUGCCUCUGAAAAUCCUGAUGUUCUUCCGUAUACUAUAGCAAGCUGUGGUAUGAUGAGCAAAGAUGUUGAAAAAAUCACCAGCAUUUUGAGUGGUAUCCCCGACAUCAGAGCAAUUUGCCUUGAUGUUGCUAACGGAUACUCCGAACAUUUUGUUGAAUUUGUGAAAGAGAUCAGAGAGAAGUUCCCAGAACAUAUUGUUAUUGCUGGCAACGUUGUCACAGGCGAAAUGGUGGAACAACUCAUUCUAAACGGAGCUGACAUAGUUAAAGUUGGUAUUGGACCGGGUUCGGUUUGCACCACGCGAAAACAAACCGGAGUUGGAUACCCACAAAUCAGCGCGGUGUUGGAAUCAGCCGAUGCCGCCCACGGGCUGAAGGGACAUGUUAUCUCGGAUGGCGGCUGCACUUGCCCCGGUGAUAUUGCAAAGGCAUUUGGAGCUGGUGCUGAUUUUGUUAUGUUGGGUGGCAUGUUUGCGGGCCACGAUCAAUCAGGUGGUGACCUGAUCGAGCGAGAUGGAAAGAAAUAUAAGAUUUUCUAUGGAAUGAGUUCUUCAACAGCCAUGCAGAAACACGCCGGAGGAAUCGCUGAGUACAGAUCUUCUGAGGGCAAAACGGUCGAAGUACCAUACAGAGGGAAUGUCAAAGACACUGUACUUGAUAUGUUAGGUGGAUUGAGGUCUGCCUGCACUUACGUUGGAGCAUCCAGACUUAAAGAGUUGAGCAGGCGAACAACUUUUAUUAGAGUGACCCAACAGCUGAAUACAGUAUUUAAGUAACUAAUGUUUGGUCAUAGAACAGUGUGUGACCUUUAAAGUUGCCAACCCAUAGUAAGGAAUGAUGUUAAUGUGUAGGCUAAAUAUAUAUUUAAUGGUUGUGAACUUUUGACAAUGUUAGUCAUUGUUAGUCAUUGCGCUAACAUAUUUAACAAUAAACUUUA